AUGCCGACAAUUCAGGAACUAAGCGAGCAAUUGAACUAUGGGAAAAAGAGGUCCGGUAGUGAUGGAAGCUCAAAACUGAAAGAAUACGUGGAUUUUUUCACUACUUCUUAUGCCAAAAAGUGCCCAGCGGUCAAGGCGUGGGGCGACUUUAAGAAACCCAACGUCCAACAAUUCGUGGUGGAAAUGACUGAUCGAUUUCUCCGCCAAGAAGCAUCAACACUUUGGCCUGAAGAUGAAUGCUCUCCAUUAUACAACGAGAGCCUCAUCUGGCCACGGGAUGAAAAGAAAAUCAAAGAGCCGAUGCGCAAGAUGUUCUUUGCGAAGAACAUGCAUAAGCAGAGGAGCGACCACCAGACUGGCCAAAAGCGGAAAAGCAACCACACCACAACCCCAAGGACGCCUACUUCGUCCAGGAACAUGGAUGCAAGUGAUACUCGUAACGACAAUCAAACGAACCGCUCACGAGAGCUAGCCAAAGCGGAUGUACCUGAUCCUUCUCUUUUGGAUUUAUAUGAGUUUGCGGCCCCCCAACCGCUUAGCCCCCAGCAGGAAGCUGAAGUCCGGGCUCUAGCCGAAGAGAGUUUCCCAACGAUAUCUGCUUCGACUGAGCUUUUCAAUGGCGCGGAUAAACGCGGCAAAGAUAAUGAUCAGAGCGAGGACAGGUUGCCUUCUCAGGCUCGUGAAGAGAACCCUGCCUUGGCUUCCGAAUCGCGAGUCAAUCAACUAAGAUUGCCACUCAACAGGACUGUUGAAAACAUAUGCAGAUCCAGACUCUCUGCUUCCCCUUCCUCGACAGUGUCCCAAGGCCUCCUAUCACCAGGCGCGCAUCCUCGCGCCCCUCAAGCUGCAGUGAUAAACUUAGACGACGCUUCACAUUACUCGUCCUUACCUAUGUCAGAAAGGCGACAGGAAACCGGUUUAGCUCUCCUGGAGAAUGCUAGUUCUGCCGAUGCGCGGAUACUCCUAGAACCCGAGAUAUGGUACUAUGCCAUCAAAUCGCAUAAGCCUAAGGUGACGAAAUCGUGGGAAUCGAAAGCAAGAUUUUCAGAUAUGACAUUGGCGCAGCUCAAGGAUGAACUGGUUCGCGGUUUUGACGAUGCCAUACCAUCGGAUAUUCGCUGCACAUUGAACGGGCCUGCUGAUAUGAAAGCGGAGAUCGAGAUUGACCACACGAAAAAAAGUCAUUUACAGAGGCUCAAGAUGAUUUUCGAAUCCGACAUUAAGGAGGCUAUUGAAGAGGACAAGGGCGUAGCUGUCACUUCUUCGCUGACUUUUCUUAUCACGAUUGAAUCCGCCUAA